ACCAAAAUGGCCGCUGCCUUCUAGCGAUAACAUUUCUGUCUCAAUGUUAACUUUCAAAUGCUUUUGAUUAACCUGUUACGUUAAGCGACUUACAAUCUGCACCCCGGGAGCCACAUUUCGACGCCGUCAUGUUCCAGGUAAUCGGGGGGAGGAGCGUGCAGGUGACCCGGCUCCUCGCACCUAGGAGCCCCGUGAUCGUGGAGGCUGUCCGGGAGAGAAAGUCCCGCACCGACCCGGUGGCCAAGUCCAAAGAGGGGCGAAUCAAGGUGCCUCCUCCGGUCGAUGCGACGGAGAUGGUCGUCCUCAAGGAGAGAUACACGGAGUACCAGAUGAUCACGAGGGCGCUUCGUCUGGAGUUUAAGGAGGAGGUGCUUCGGAAAAAGUACGAGGAGGAGACGGGCUCCCUGGCGGAGGAGAGGGCGAGGCACGAGGCGGAGGAGCAUCGCGCCCUCAUGGCCUUCAACAACCAGGAGAACCUCCGCCUACUCCAAGUCCGGAUGUUGAGGAUCCAGAAGGAAACGGAGGACGCUGAGCGUCAGCAGCUAGAAGCCGUCGUUCAGCGACAACAGCAGCAGCAAGAGUUCAUCAAAGAAAAAGAGAAGGAGAUUCUGAAGUUGCAGGAGGAUGCAAAGAACUUCAUCACAUUGGAGAACUUGGAUCAGCGUAUAGAAGCAGCUCUGGACAAUCCAAAGAAUUACAACUUUGCCAUCGACAAAGAAGGGAGGGUUGUGAAACAGACGACGCUGCAGUGAAGCACCAGAGCGACCUGUUGUGUGUCCGUCUCAGAGGACACACGGAGACGGACGGACGUCAUUCAGGACUGUGAGCCGAGUUCAGUCUCAUCCACCCUGGAGGCAGAAAAACAUUCAGUGUUUGUAAGAACUAAGAAAUAUGUGAGACUCUUUCAUUAGCAGAUAACUUAUAGAUUAAAGCUUCAUUUCCUGCUUUUAUU